UCUUCAUAGAGAAGUUAAACAGCAGCAUGUUCUAAGCAUCCGAUCUCUCACUGUUUACUAAAAAGCCCGGCCCCGGUCACCACCAUGACUUCUACUGGUUUCAAAGCUGAAGAUCAUUCCCGUGUGAUUUUAGGGGAUAGAGGAGAGAUGCAGACCAGCAUCGGCGGGGAGGAGGACGCGGAGAAACCGAAGAUUCUCCCGUUCAGCGUCGAGGCUCUGAUGGCUGAACGGAGACCGAGCUCGUCCGCGGGAGCGUCGCGUGGCCACACGGAACCGGAGCGGAACACGGCUCGCCUGGACUUCUCUGUCGAUGUUCUGAAGCUGUCGGAAAAGUCUGAGAGGAGCUCGUGGAUGCACCACCUCUCUCCCCGUCGUCUCAGUCCUCCCGCGUGUCCUCUGAGAAAACACAAAACCAACCGAAAGCCUCGGACCCCGUUCAGCACGACUCAGCUGCUCGCGCUGGAGCGGAAGUUCCGUCAGAAACAGUACCUGUCCAUCGCGGAACGGGCCGAGUUCUCCAGCUCGCUGAACCUGACCGAGACUCAGGUGAAGAUCUGGUUCCAGAACAGACGAGCUAAAGCCAAGCGGCUCCAGGAGGCCGAGCUCGAGAAGCUGAAGAUGGCCAGUAAACCGAUGCUUCCUCCCGCCUUCGGGAUUUCGUUUCCGGUCGGCGCUCACGUCCCGGCUUCAUACACCGGAUCGCAUCCGUUUCACAGACACUCGGUGAGCGUGACUCCGAUGGGACUCUACACACACAUGGGAUACAGCAUGUACCAUCUAGCUUAAAAGACUCUGUUCCGAUAAACGUGAACGGUGGCGUUCAGAGAGUUUUGAAAACGGAUUUGAUGAAAGGUAGGUCAGGUGGAAGGAGUCUUGCGUUUAUGAUUCAAACUCGCAUGAAUGUCUGAAACGAUAGCAUUUUUUAAAUAAACGACGCUGACUGUUGUUUAAACGUUUCCCUUCGAAAGGGAUCUGAAAUGUAAAAUAUUGUACAUUUGGACAAAAAUACCAUUUAUAUGAUGAAUAUAUUUGUUAAAUAAAUUAAUGACAAACGGUC